CAGCUUCAUUUGCGCCUCCAUUCACUUCAACGGCGCAAUUGGACUUGUCGUUCCCUUUGUUUCCAUCGCUUGCGCUCUCGCAUUUUCCUCUCGGUCAGUGUGCGCAACAUCUAAUGUCCAUGUCGGCCAACAGCGCGUAACUUCGCCUUCAUCCUAACCCUCCUUCUCACUACGCGGGUUCCAUCACCACGACAGAGACCCUCCACUUCCAAAUAGAGCCAUCGCGAUGAAUCCACCUGCGACACCUCAACGCCCUGGGCCGGGGGUCUUCCCCAUCACUCCUGCGCCCGCCCGGCCAGAGCUACGAAGAGCACCAACGGCGCAGCCUACACCUGCAUCUACAGCCAUAGAACGGGCUGCGAAAACAGUCAAUGAAAUGUUGGAGAAGGAUCGACGAUAUCGCGACCUAGAGUCAUAUGUUGGACAGGGCAUAUCCGGCGACUAUGAACCCGCCGAACACAUUGCGUUGACACCGUUCCAGAAGCUCAGGACAUACGAGAUCCCGGAGCGCAUAUUCGAGCAGGUCAAUGAAACCCAGAUCAACACCAACAUGGGCUUGUUCGCGGAGAUCAAUCACGCCUGGGUCUCAGUUGACAAUCAGCUCUACCUCUGGGACUACACACAUCCCAACCCAGAACUCGUUGGAUACGAAGAACAACCCCAUCUCAUUACAAGUGUUAAGCUUGUGAAGCCACGGGCGCGUGUAUUCGUUCCCACUAUCUCACACCUGCUAGUAGUCGCGACUGUAGAGACCAUCUUCCUCAUCGCUGUCGAGACUAACAGGGGCCCGGAAGGCGUGCUUGGAAUAACACUCUACCGGACUGGAUUCUCCGUCUCUGUGAGAGGUACUUCGGUCUCUGCUAUUGCUGGUUCGGCAAAGACAGGGCGGAUUUUCUUUGGCGACGGCCGAGAUUCAGAGGAUGUCUACGAACUCUACUACCAGCAGGAGGAGAAGUGGUUCGCUAGCAAAUGCAGCAAGACAAACCACGUGAAAAAGUCGAUCGGUUUCCCAUCGCUAGGCUGGUACUCGGCCGCCAAAUCUCCGUAUGUUGUACAAAUGGAAGUGGACGAUACGCGCAAUGUGCUAUACACCUUAUCCUCGAAUGGAAACAUCCGCGUGUUCCAUAUGCGAACAAUCACAUCGCUCGACCUGGCCAUUACGAUGCCACUUACAAGAUUAAGGACAAUGUGUAGCCACAUCAUUCGUCAAUCCGAGUUGCUGGACCCGAACAUGAAGAUCGCUGGAAUCGACCCAAUCGCGGCACCCGAGGCCGGUCAGCUAUCGCUGGUUGCGACGACAACCUCUGGAGUCAGGAUAUACCUUAGCACAACUACUGGCGGCUAUUACAGCGAUGCAAUGGCUGCACCCAAUAGUAUGCAAGUACGACAUAUUCGACUCCCUCCAGCGGACGGCAAUCCCCCUCCCCAGGCAACUUCUUCGCAGCUACAGCCAUAUCAAGCAGCUGCGCCCCUAGGCUACGACUCCAAGGUUUUGACAACCACCAUAAAAGCAGCUAGAUUUGCUCCAGGAUCGUUCUUUUGCUUCGUGGCCAAGCCAAGCGACCCAAAUCAACACUUCCUCUUUGCAUCAGCACCACACACCGGAAAGAUUGGAAAUGACCCUUCUCCAAAUGUGAGAUUCACGGAAACAUCUCAACAACACCCUCUCGGAGGUCUCGUCCAGGAUAUUGGAUUGGUUUCAGACCCAUUCUCUGCUGCGGAGCGGCCGAUUGGUUUUGGAAAUGAGCUUGCAGUACAAUUCGACAGGAAGCAGACUGAGUUUGCCAUCAUGACGCACAAUGGUAUCGAGACCAUCCGGAGACGGCGUCUAGUGGAUAUUCUGGCUUCUAUCAUCAAAUCUCCAGGUGGCUCGGAAGGCAUUGAGGGUGAUAUCCGAUCUUUGUUAUCACAAUACGGCGUGCGAGAGCUUGCUUCGGCGGCUCUUGCUGUUGCAUGUGGCCAGGGUUCAGACGUUGGCCCUGACUCUCGCGUGGCCAAGGUCAGCGACCCAGAGGUUUUGGAGUUUGCUCGAAAGGUCUUCAUUGAGCACGGCGGCCGUGCAAGCUUGGACGACAACACGCGACCUGACGACUUGACUGUCGAUAGCGUCCGACCAUCCCCUAGACACGAUGGAAUCGCCAUGUACGUCUCUCGAUUGGUUCGUUCGAUCUGGCAAUCGCCAAUCAUCAAGGAAAAGAAGAUCCCGACCGGGUCGAUCUUUGAGCCUGUUCACAGUAUUGGGAAGCUCCAGGAGAUUCAAGGCGCUUUGGUGCAACUUCAAGAGUUCUUGGAUACAAACAAACAGCAUAUUGAUGGCCUAUCCGGACCCGAAGCAAUGGGUCGCGUGACCUCGCGCAAAGACGAAAUCGAGCUUCAAGGCGAGAACCGCGCUUUGAGUAGCUUGCUUCAACUCAUCAAUAACAUUAUUGAAGGCAUUGCCUUCGUCUUGGUCUUGUUCGAUGAGCGACUGGAAGACAUUCUCGUUCUGCUUCCAGCAGACUCGAGGGCAAGCGUUCUGCAGCUCACUUUCCAAGGACUCUUUAGCGUCAGUCAGGGCAAAGUGCUCGCGAAGGAGCUUGUGAAAGCCAUUGUCAAUCGCAACAUCACCAAGGGUUCGAACGUCGAGACAGUUGCGGAAGCACUUCGAAGGAAGUGUGGAAGCUUCUGCAGCUCUGACGAUGUUGUCAUCUUCAAAGCGCAAGAAAACCUGAAGAAGGCCAGUGACCUUGGUGCCAAUGCGGAGCAAGGUCGAAUUCUUCUGAACGACAGCUUGAGGCUGUUUGAGCAAGUGGGCAAGAGUUUGAGCAAUGAGCACCUUACUGCUGCUGUGAAUAAGUUUGUGGAGUUGCAAUUCUAUGCUGGUGCAAUCAAAUUAGCAUUGAAGGUGGCACAAGACAGUGAUCGAGGUAACAAGGCUUUGUCUUGGAUAAAGGAUGGUCGACCAGCACAGGAUGUGCGAGAAGAGGUGUACAUCAAACGUACAGAAUGCUACGACCUCAUUUUCCGCGUCAUUGAAGCCGUUGACCAAGUUGCAAACACUCAACCUCCCACACAGGACGGUGUCAUCUCGGUUAUUGACCGCCGGAAGCACGAAGCUUACGAGCAAAUCAACAACUCGGAGGACGAGGUAUUCCAGAACUACCUCUAUGAUUGGUAUCUCUCCCGAGGCUGGGCAGACCGCCUCCUUGAGAUCAGCUCAUCCUAUGUGGUGGACUACCUUCGACGAAGCUCGGCCACAAACAUGUCUCAUGCCGAUCUACUGUGGCGCUACUAUGCUCACUACAGCGACUUCCUGAGCGCAGCCGAGGUACAAUUCGAGUUGGCAAAGGGUGAUUUCGAUCUAUCGUUGGAGAAGCGUAUUGAGUAUCUUUCCCGUGCGAAAGCAAACGCUUCGACACGAGUGACGGGAUUCUCCGAGAUGGGUGCACGAAACCGCCAGUCACGACAGGAGUUGCUUAGGAACAUCAGCGAUCACCUCGAUAUCGCUAACAUCCAAGAUGACAUCCUACAAAAGAUCAAGAACGAUCCUCGCCUGCAAGGAGAACGAAGGCAAGGGGUGCUCCAGCUACUCGAUAGCAAGAUCCUUACCCUCGAUGAACUUUAUCACCAAUAUGCCGACCAGGCAGGCUACUACGACAUCUCCCUGCUUAUCUACCACGCAGCCGACCACCGGAGCAUUCCAGAUGUGCGCUCAACCUGGACGAAUCUGAUUGAGAGGGUUCACACGCAAGCUGUGGAGAACCAGCAACAAGCACCGUGGGAGACUGUGUCCCUCGAAGUUGAAAAUGUCGGUCGCCGCGUCAAUCUGAACGAGAACGUCUUCCCGGUCAACAUCCUCCUCCAACUCCUUCUCCAGUACGAUGUGCAAAACUACAACCACGACUCCACCCCGAGCCGCGGUGCCGCAGAGCUCAUUCCUUGCUCUAACCUGACCUGGCCUAUCGACGUGUUCAUCAAGCUCGAUGCGCCUUUCGAAGCGCUCGUCGCUACUCUCGAGUCACUCUGGUACGCACAGGAACCGCCAUUCACCGGUCCUAAGAGGAAAUUGAUCGUCAAAUGGAUCAUCUACACAAUCAACCAAUGGAAAGAGACAAGCAGGAGGCAAGGGGUUCCCUUCGGAGCGGAGGAGAACGCCCUUGGACUCGCAGACUGCCUUCGUGUGGUCCUUCAGAGCGACAACGGAUUGAGGAGGGAUAGCGCGGACGACAAGGAGUGGAUAGAAAGAGGAAGGGAGCUCAAGGAAUUCGUCGAUAGCUGUGCACGAUGAACAUGAAGCCACCUACCCCCAAAAGAGAAAGGCAUGACCCUUGGUUUCUAUACAAUCACGUAUGUCAUUAUCUUUCCGCGUACAAAACACGAACCUACCUACCAACCUCUUUAAUCAAACCCGAAACCCAAAAGCCGAGAGAAAGCAUUUUGCAAGAAGGAAAUCGAAAGGGAUCGUGUGGAUAGGAUAUAUAAUGGAACGGCAUUGGGCUUUUUUUUUUUAUCAUCCAUCUCUCGGGUUGGGGGGAUUUUUGGAGUCCUCUUGUGUGUCUGUGUGGGGGUCCUGUUUUUUGUUCACUAUUUUAAAUCUGGCUUGUGCCACCUUUUUUC